UUCAGAGCACACACACACGCGCGCAUUAAACGUUCAGUGAACACAUCGCGUCCUGAGAUAGUUUUAAACCCGCCGCGGUCUGUUCGUCCUCCGUGAAGCACACGCCGAGAGGACCGGUUUACCACACUCAUAACUUAUCUGAACCACAGCUCGCAGAAAUGGCUGAAUCUGACGUCAACCCUAAAGCGUACCCUCUGGCUGAUGCCACCCUCAGCAAAACCAUCCUGGAUCUGGUGCAGCAGGCGGCCAAUUACAAACAGCUGAGGAAAGGGGCCAACGAAGCCACUAAAACCCUGAACCGGGGAAUCUCGGAGUUCAUUGUGAUGGCGGCCGACGCAGAGCCGCUGGAGAUCAUCCUCCAUCUGCCGCUGCUGUGCGAGGACAAGAACGUCCCGUAUGUGUUUGUGCGCUCCAAGCAGGCGCUGGGUCGUGCGUGCGGGGUCUCGCGGCCCGUCAUCGCCACCUCUGUCACUAUUAAAGAGGGCUCGCAGCUCAAACCGCAGAUCCAGAGUGUGCAGAUGGCCAUCGAGAGACUGCUCGUCUGACCGCUCGCACUGUGUGUGCUUUUACGUCGCAUCUCGCUUCUGGGGACACGCAAGUACACGCUAAUGUUAAGGAGUAGUUCACUUCCAGAAUGAAAGUAUACAGAUUGUUUGGUUUAAAGAGAACCCAUGGACGAAAGGUCAGGCGGUUAUGAUGUCUGUAAAGGGAUUGAGGAAAAAUCUUGCAUCUUUUCCAUCAAAACAGUCUUUUUUUGACUAAAAGAGGAGAGAAAUUAACAUUUUGGAUUAAAACGACUCUUAAAGAAUGAUUUUACUGCUUGUUCAAGCUACUUAUGUAAAAUGAGCCUCCACAACGCAAUUCUUGAGAUUUAUUGGGACAACUUCAUUGUUUUGAGUUCAGUCCACUUUAAUUUGUUAAUCCAUUUGUGUUGGGCCAAUCUAAAUAAAUUGUGUGGAACUCUGCAUUUUUUACAGUGUAUUUUCAUGUUGGAAGUGAACAAAUCCUUAUACUAGUGAGAGAAAAAAACUAGCUUUUUCAUCAUAUUUUUUAAAAUCAUUUCAGAAAGUGGAGUUUGUUUGAUGGUUUGUUUUAAUAAGAUUUAAAAUAGUAAUUCUAUAUCAAUAAUUUCUGAGACUUGUAUUAAAUGGAUGAUUCCAUCUGCAUCGCUGAACUGAAAUGCACUGAUUCAUUGGAUUUACAAUGUUUUUUUUUUUUAUGUAAGCAGCUGUAAACAAUUUCAGAAUUUAAACAAACAUCAAGUUUAACAUCAUUAUAUUUAAUUUGUUUAAAUUCAGCCUAAAUCAAUAGUUUGCAACCGCUUGCAUAAAGUAAUUUAGUAAAUCCAACGAAUCAUCUUAUUUUCAGUGUGUGUUUGAACACGGGAUUGAUCAUUUGCUGCUUCUCUAUUGGUUUAAUUGUAUUACGUAUUGUAAUUAUAUACUUUUACAGAUGAUCAGGGAAGUAUAUUGUAAGCCAGUGUUUCUCAACCACGUUCCUGGAGGACCACUAACACUGCAUGUUUUGGAUGUCUCCUGUCGCAUCCGUUACUGGUCUUUCAGUCUCUGCUGAUGAUCUGACUCGGGUGUGUUUGGUUAAGGAGACAUGUAAAAUGUGCAGAGCUGGUGGUUCUCCAGAAACGUGGUUGAGAAACACUGUUGUAAACAACUGGUCAAACUUUUUUUUUUUUUUUUUUAAGCAAAUAUUGUAAAUAAAAUAUUUCCAUGUA